GGAAGGGGAGGAGAGGCAGCACUGGAGCACUUUUUAAAAAGAGGAGGUCAAUGAUCCAGCAGCUGCCUUGAUAGAAGAAUCUGGCAAAGGAGGAAGGCCAUCCACUGGUCCAGGUGGAGGCUGUUUGGAGAGGACGGGAAAAUGAGGGGAGAGCUGGACUCAGCCACUCCAGAAGCAAGAAACGGCCCUGUUGCCAUGGAGCCUGUGAGCAGAAGGGAACUGUGGGAAGGAACCCUGCAGAAGAGCCUGGGAGAGGAGUUUCCCCUUUCAGAUGUGCAGCACCAGCAAUUCCGGCAUUUCCGUUAUCGGGAGGCUGAUGGGCCCCGAAAGGUCUGCAGCGAACUCCACCACCUUUGCCUCCAGUGGCUGAAGCCAGAAAGGCACAGCAAGAGGGAGAUCCUGGACCUGGUGAUCCUGGACCAGUUCCUGGCCAUCCUGCCCCCGGAGAUGGAGAGCUGGGUCAGGGAAUGUGGACCGGAGACCAGUUCCCAGGCGGUGGCCCUGGCAGAAGGGUUCCUCCUGAGCCACACAGGUGACAAGAAUCCAGGCCAGGAGGUGCAGAUAAGGAUCAACUGUUGCCUCGGAGCAGCUUUUCUGGGCAAGGCCUUGAAACCAACAAUAAAAUCUUUGCCGUAUCUUUGCAGCAGGGAGAAAUCAACUUCUGUGGGGCCAAAGCAAGGUCCGGUGACCUUUGAGGAGGUGUCUGUUCAUUUCACUGAGGAGGAGUGGGCUCUACUGGACCCGGAAAAAAGAAGCCUUCACAAGGAAGUCAUGGAGGAGAAUUUUCAGAAUGUGGCCUCUCUGGGACUUCUGGGUCCCACACCUGACAGUAUUUCCUCAAUGCAAGGAAACGGAAAUCUAUUUUUCCAGAACCCAGAAAAAAGAGAGAGAUCAGCAGGACUUACCGGUCUCCUCUGUUUUACUGAGACUGAUGGUCCCCGGAGAAAGCCUGAGGGAGAACCACAACAACUCCCAUUAGAAGGUGAACAGCAGAAGAGAAGCAGUGGGAAAAAACGGAAGAAGAGGGAUGAAUCAACCCUUCAACGAAUCCACCCAGCGGAGAAACAAUAUAUAUGCAUGGAGUGUGGGAAAAGCUUUGCUCAGAAGAAAGCGCUCACAGUCCAUCGACGAAUUCACAGAGUGGAGAAAUCAUUCAAAUGUGUGGACUGCGGGAAGAUGUUUACUUACAAUGCACAUCUUACUGAGCAUAGACGAAUCCACACAGGGGAGAAACCCUAUAAAUGUCUGGAGUGUGGGAAGAGCUUUGCUCAGAGUUCCAACCUUCAUUACCAUAAACGAAUCCACACAGGGGAGAAACCAUAUAAAUGUCUGGAGUGUGGAAAGAGCUUUGUUCAGCGUUCACACUUUACUGGCCAUCAACAAAUCCACACCGGGGAGAAACCAUAUAAAUGUCUGGAGUGUGGAAAGAGCUUUUCAUCAAAAAAACACCUUACUGUCCACUGUAGAAUCCACACAGGAGAGAAACCAUAUAAAUGUGGGGAGUGUGGGAAGAGCUUUUAUUCUAAAAAAGACCUUACUGCUCAUCAACAAAUCCACACAGGAGAGAAGCCAUAUAAAUGUGGGGACUGUGGGAAGGGUUUGGCUUCAAAUACACAGCUUACUGUCCAUCAACGAAUCCACACAGGGGAGAAGCCAUAUAAAUGUGGGGAGUGUGGUAAGAGCUUUUAUUCUAAAAAAGACCUUACUGCUCAUCAACGAAUCCACACAGGGGAGAAGCCAUAUAAAUGUGGGGAGUGUGGGAAGAGCUUUGCCCAGAGUUCCCACCUUACUUGCCAUAAAAAAAUCCACACAGGAGAGAAACCAUAUAACUGUGCUGAGUGUGGGAAGAGCUUUACUCAAAACCUCUACCUUACUGUCCAUCGACAAAUCCACACAGGAGAGAAACCAUACAAAUGUGUGGACUGUGGGAAAAGCUUUUGUUGGAAUAAACAUCUUACUGCCCAUCAACGAAUACACACAGGGGAGAAGCCAUAUGAAUGCUCGGAGUGUGGAAAGACCUUUGCUUGGAGGAGACAGCUUAAUGUUCAUCGACCUAUCCACACAGGGGAGAAACCAUACAAAUGUUUGGAGUGUGGGAAGACAUUUGUUCGAAAUUAUCAUCUUACUGAGCAUCGACGAAUCCACACAGGGGAGAAACCAUACAAAUGUUUGGAGUGUGGAAAGAGCUUUGCCCAGAGUUCCCACCUUACUUACCAUCGACGAAUGCACACAGGGGAGAGACCAUAUAAAUGUUUGGAGUGUGGGAAGUGCUUUGCUCAGAGCGGAGAACUUACUGCCCAUCGACAAAUCCACACAGGGGAGAAGCCAUAUAAAUGUUUUGAAUGUGGGAAGAGUUUUGCUCAGAGCUCCCAACUUACUUACCAUCACCAAAUACACACAGGCGAGAAACCAUAUAAAUGUUUGAAGUGUGGGAAGAGCUUUGGUCAAAGCUUCUACCUUACUGUCCAUCAACGAAUCUGCACAGUGGAGAAGCUGUAUAAAUGCAUGGAGUGUGUGGAUUUUAGGACUGAGGAGCCUUUGAGAAAGUUUGAUGAUGAAAUUGGGAAAAAGGUAUGCUGGCAAUGCCCGUUAGGCUCCGCCCUACAACAGCAAGAUUAUAAACAAGAAUACUGCUAUUUCUCUGGAAGAAUCCACUCCUGUCGGUAGCAUAUUCAUCUGCAAAAAAGAAAGAACAAUGAUUAAGACACUCAAGAACAGAAUGAUGUUUGCUUACUUACCUUAGUGGAUUCCUUUGUGAUACUUUUUCACUAUUCGGAUCUAUGGACAUUGUGCCAAAAAGGAACUAUUUCUUCUUUAUGUGAACCAUUGUGUGUACUUUGUUACUCAUAAGUGUAUGUUUAUAUUGUAUGUUAAGGAGCCCUGUGGCACCGAGUGGUAAGCUGCAGUACUGCAAUCGAAUCUCUGCUCACGACCUGAGUUCGAUCCUGGCAGAAGCCAGGUUCAGGUAGCUGGCUCAAGGUUGACUCAGCCUUCCAUCCUUCCAAGGUCGGUACAAUGAGUACCCAGUUUCUUGGGGGGAAAGUGUAGAUGACUGGGGAAGACAAUGGCAAACCACCCCAUAAAAAGUCUGCCAAGAAAACGUCAUGAUGUGACGUCCCCCUAUGGGUCAGUAAUGACUCGGUGCUUGCACAGAGGACUACCUUUACCUUUAUAUUGUAUGUAUUGAUAGUAAGAGUUUUGUAGAAUGUAUAGAUAUUUAUUGUAUUUAUUGGUUAUUUAAAUAACACAUUUGCAGCACUAUGCUCUUUAAGAAAAAAGAAAAGGUAAAAGAAAAAAAUAUUUAUUAAUACAA